GUCACACCAUAUGCGCAUGGAACAUCAGAUCUUCUUGGGGUUCAAAUUGAUGCGGCAAUAAACGCAGGAAACAGUGGUGGACCGGCUUUUAAUGAGCAAGGGGAAUGCAUUGGAGUAGCAUUUCAGGUGUUCAGGUCAGAUGAAGCUGAAAAUAUUGGAUAUGUUAUUCCAACUACAGUUGUAUCCCAUUUCUUGAAUGACUAUCGGAAAAAUGGAAAAUACACAGGAUUUCCUUGCCUGGGCGUCCUACUUCAGAAAUUGGAAAACCCAGCACUGCGUGAAAGCUUGAAGGUGCCUUCAAGUGAGGGUGUUCUUGUCCGCCGGGUUGAGCCUACAGCUCCAGCAAGCAGUGUUCUGCGAAAGGGAGAUGUGAUAACAAGUUUCGACGGUGUCUCGGUAGGAUGUGAAGGAACAGUACCAUUUCGGUCCACUGAGCGGAUUGCUUUCCGCUACCUCACAAGUCAAAAGUAUGCAGGUGAUGUUGCCCAACUAGGUAUCAUUCGGGAAGGCAAGGUCAUGAAAGUGCAAACCAUUUUGCAUCCAAGAAAACAUUUAGUGCCAUUCAAUGUUGAUGGGGGUCAACCUUCUUAUCUGAUAGUUGCCGGCCUUGUCUUCACGCCUUUAACAGAACCAUUUAUAGAGGAAGAGUGUGAAGAUACUUUAGGGUUAAAACUGUUGGCAAAGGCACGAUACUCUCUAUCAACCUUCGAAGGGGAGCAAAUCGUAAUUGUAUCUCAGGUACUGGCGAACGAUGUCAACAUCGGGUACGAGCACAUGGGCAAUCAACAAGUCAUAAAACUAAAUGGAACUAUGAUAAAGAACAUCCACCACCUUGCUCAUCUAGUGGACACCUGUCAAGACAAGUUCUUGACAUUCGAAUUCGAAGACGACUUCCUCGUUGUUUUGGAUCGGGAAGAAGCAGCGGCCGCAUCGUCAGAUAUCCAAAAGGAGCAUGCCAUCCCCUCUGUAAGGUCAUUGGAUUUGUCUGAGCCCUACGUCGACACAAACCAUGAGGUCCAAAACCAAGGCGAGGAUUUCGGCGACAGUCCCGUGACAAACUUUGAACUGGGUGUUGAUUGUCUGCUGUGGGCGUGAGGAGCUGCUAUCGCUCCGUCCUAGAAACCAAGAACGCCCCAGUGAAACCAAGCAUGGGGGGUUUCAGUUGAAAACUGGUAGUAACGCCAGUGGGUUUUUCCAUCUACCCGGUGGCAAAAUACACUUGACAGCGGCAAAAGCCGAACCAUGUUGUAUUUUGUUGUAUCUCAAUGCUCGAAGGUUAGCUUAGGUGUAAUUUAGAGCGUGUUGUAUGUUAAAAUCACAGAAUGCUCCAUUCAUCAACAUUUUUCGGGGGGUUGUGGCCCUUGGCCGCCCUUUGUACAACUAGGUAACAAACGAUUCUUUGAAUUCUCGGAAGUGCAAUAAAUCAGAAAUUUUGUUGGAUUA